AGUGGCGCGGAUCAGUCUCUGACCAGCCGUUAUUUCUCGCCUGGUUGUUCCCUGUUCUGUCGUGCAUGCAACAGGACAGGACACCUUGCCAAAAGCUGCUCCUUCCGCAAGAAAUAUCCUAUAUGUGUCCUUUGUGGGAUCCAAGGUCACAUCCAAAGGAAAUGUCCAAGUCGCCCCUGUGGUAGAUGUGGACUGCCUUCACACGGGCUCAAGCCAUGUGAUCUGCCUCCAGUAUGGAACCAGCACUGCCUGCGCUGCGGGAUGACAGGGCACCUUUCUGAUGCUUGCCCUGAUACAUGGAGACAAUACCACUUGACAAUUAGGGUAGCGGUUCCCCUCAGGCCACAGGCAAGCCACAGCCUCCAUCACAGGAAGUGCUGCAUUCAUUGUUACAACUGCUCUAAAAGAGGACAUUACGGUUAUGAGUGCACUAAAAGGAGGAUGGUUACGGGCACUUUUCCAUCAUUGCCUUAUGUUUACCAAUAUGACACCAGGGAAGACAUUCUCCAACUUCGGACCAGGCGAGAGGAAAGAGUUAAAGAGCCUGCACAUGUUUUCUCAGACCGGUCUGAAAAAACAGGGACGAGCGGUGAGGAGAAUCGAUCAGUCCAGGGUGGACAAAGACAAAGAAGGAGCUGCACACCCGAGCUGGCACGUGGAAGACGUGGCAAGAGAGGCGCAAGGAGAGACGAGAGGUGAAGCGUCUGAGGAGGGAAGCUCAGGCCAGGCGGGAAGGAGGACUACUGAUAAAGUCCCGCUGUAGCUCUGAUGACGAAGUCUAUCCCAGAGUCCCCUUUAGUCGGCCCGAUGACAGGCAAAAACAGUCCACUGCACCUCCACAGAAGAAAAGGAGGGAUGAGACAGGUGGCAAAAAGAGCAAGAAGAGCAGAGAGGCAGAAAGGUGGAAGAAAAGAGGAGGGGUAAAACGUGGGUAUUUGUAUCCCCAUGCUGACAUAGAUAUCAGGAGUGUAAAUCUUCUUUCCCCAAAACAAAGAGUACGCCACAGAAAAAAAUGAUAGCUGAUCUUUUUUUAAUGCAUUU